UCCGGUCGGUGUUUUAUAAAUACUGCAGACACCCAAAGAGUGCACCGAACACUGGGAGACCCGUCGUGAAGUUACGAUUCUUUAGUGAACCUUACAAGUUCGACCUGAUCACGAAGAAAAUUUAUUUUUCUUUUAUCGAUUGACUAAACAACGUGAAAUCGUUUAAUAAUUUCAUACAUUUUCAUUUCCAUCUUUGUAAUAUAUUAGAUCCUACAAAAAUGUUUUAACUGUUACGUGUAUGAGAGAGUGUGAAAGUUAACUGAUAUGUCCUGGUAAAUUAACUAGGACGUUAAUAGUUUUUCAUCGAUUCCAUAAAGGCAACAUGACGAUAAAGUUCGUUUUCGAAUAAAUCUUUGACAACGAAGGUUUCGAUAAGUGCAGAUACGAUUUCAUUGAAUUAAAAAAAAAAAAAAAAAUUGAAGAAGAUAGAAAUGAUAAAAUGUGACAUUCAAAGUGCAUUUGCUAUUUGUAAUCGAAGAGUGCAUUCUUUCCUCGAUUUUCGAUUUGAAAGCAUUUUUCAAAAUUAUUGAACAGAAUGAAUUUGAUGAAGAAGGCUAUCGGUGGAUCGAUUCAUAGGGUACGAGAGUUCGAGUUAGAAAAGGUGAACUUAAUUGACGAGUUCGAUAUACUUCAAAUCGUCGGUGAGGGAUGGUUCGGAAAAAUUCUUUUGACCGAGCAUCGCAGCACGCAAACUGAAAUGGUUUUAAAAGCUCUACCAAAGGCAUAUACUGGUUUAUCGGACUUUUUUCGAGAAUUCCAUUAUGGCUUACAUCUAGCAGCUCAUCGUAACAUCAUAACUACGUACGACGUUGCUUUCGAGACCGCUGGCUUCUACGUUUUCAGCCAGGAAUACGCACCGCUAGGUGAUCUGACGUCGAAUGUAACAGAGACUGGUUUGGGCGAGCUACAUGCAAAGCGAGUUGCAAGACAGUUGGCAGCUGCUGUCCAUCAUAUUCACAGUCGCGAGCUUGUUCAUAGAGACAUCAAGUUGGACAAUAUACUUGUCUUUCGAAGUGAUUUUUCGCGUAUAAAGCUUUGUGACUUCGGCGAGACCAGACGCGUUAACACUAUCGUACGAAGACACAACGAGUGGCUUCCUUAUUCUCCACCCGAGGUACUACAGAUCAACACCGAUGAAACCUACAAAGCUCUGACAUCUCACGACGUUUGGCAAUUCGGCAUUGUCCUAUUUGUUUGCCUGACUGGAUGCCUACCAUGGCAGAAAGCAGCAUUGGACGACCCACGGUACACAAGAUAUCUAAACUGGCACAAUGCGACACUAAACAUCGCCAAGAAACCGAAAUUAUUUCAGUUGAUCAGCUCACGGGCACAGAGAAUAUUCAAGAGACUGUUAGAUCCUAAGGCGGAAAAAAGACUUGUUAGCGUACUGGAAAUUAAUAAAUAUUUGGAAGACAGAUGGCUAGCUAAAUUGGGUGCGGAAAAGGCAUUGAAUGGCGGAGCUGAUGAAAGGGAUGAACUUUGUCCAUCCAUGUACAGUUUUCACAGUUCUUUGGAAGAAAAAAAUCAACUCCUUUAUACGCUGACUACUUACGGAAUUGAAACGACUGUUGAUCGAGCAAAAAAGAAGGACCGUAUCAGAGAAUGGAUAGAAGCUAGCGCUAUCAUAGAAGAGAAUGAAGAAGAUGAAUCAGAUAUUAACGAAUGUAUCGAUUUCCAGGAAUUAGAGGAUAAGGAACCAGUAUCUAUGAGAGGUAGACAUUUUCCAGAAAUGCAUCCACCAAGGAAGGAAACGUCUGAGACUAAAAGAAGAAAGAGACGAUCAGAAAUGGUAACAAAAAGGCGUCCUUCGGUGAAACCUGUUGAAAGAAAAAUACCAUUUGCUCCGCAAGUCGCUGAAGAACGCGAAACCAUUGCUCGAUUUGCUAGUUUCCCUAAUGGCGAUCCCAGUCUAGCAAUGAUCAAAAAAGAAGAACAGAACACUGAGGCUAUAGACUUUAAUACUGCACAGGCUAUUAAUGGAAAUAAGAUAGGAUUAAAAAGUGAUUCAACUAUCGAUAAUACAACAUUUUCAUCGACUAACAUCAAUGAUCGUAUCAUUGAUGACUCUUUGAAAGAUAAUGGUAAUACUUCAAGGGACAGCUCUGUGCCAACAACCAGUGGUAAUUACGGUAGCAAUGGUUCAUCAAUUGAUGUCACGGUAGAACGAACCUAUUCAAUACCUAGGAACAGUGCUGUCAAUGGAAAGGCUCACGUUGAAAGUCCUCAAAUUCCAACAAGGAAGUAUCGUGCACAAACAACACCUUUCUCGGAUACGUCAACGCGUUCGAAUGAAAUGAAGUUAAACGAAACAACAAAAAGAAGUCAAUCUAUCAAUAGCUUAAUUACAACGCAAUCAGAAAGGUUACCCUUAUCUGAUAACAAAAUGGAAAAAACUACAAAUCAAAAUGUCCCAUCUACUGCUGAAAAAGUUGCUAAUGAUUUUGUGAAGAAAGUAACAGAGUCGCCUAACUCUUUGACAUCUUCGGAUCUUCAGAAAGAGGUUCAAUCGAUCGAAAAGAAAGAGAAAUUAACUAUUAUACAAGCAACAAAUCCAUUGACUAAGCCUAUUGCAUCUCACUUAGUGAUGCAAAGCUUAAAUGCUUUGCAAAGUGUCAGCAAUACUUCGUUACCCCCAGAAGUUUUGCCUUCACAUUCAAUGGAAAAAAUUUCAUCCACACAAUCAAAGCAAUCGACUUUGAAUAUCGAUACCUUCGUAUCUGGCAAAGAUGUUUUCGAGCAUUAUGGAAUUGCACAAGGUGUUAUCAUAAAAGCUGAAGCUCCUAUCCAUCGUGGUAGCAGUAGAAGAUCGAAGCAUUAUAAAUAAAACAUAGAAGAAAGUUCUCAAUGUACGGCUCCCUCAAUAUCAUCUGAUUUCGUCUUAUACGAUUAUUUUGGGGCAAUGAAAGUUCGACUUCAAAAUGCAGAAAGACUCUGCUUACAUAAUAAUACCUGUCAAUUGGCCAAGAUAAUGAAAUUGGCAUGCUUUAUGAAAAAGAAAAUGCCUUCUGCAGAGAGCAAACAAUUUUUUUAAUUAAACGAAAAAAUGCUCUUGGAAUUACGUAACUUUUAUUAUCAGAAAGAUGAGUAUAUUAAUUAUAAUGUGUAAGUUUAAUAUAUCAGAUAUCUCGUUGUACAAAUAUGAUUGACAAAUCUUAGAUAGUCUUGUAUAAUGUUUUUCUAAGCAUCUUUAGGAAAUUCUUGUGGCUAGAUAAGAAAAGAAUUCUGAUUUAUUAAUCAUCUAUAUUCCUAUGGACUUUAAUAAUUUUAACUAGGCAACUGCUGUAUACGAAAAAAUUAUUCCAAGAAUAAUUAGAUAUAUAUAUAUAUAUCCAUAUAUAUAUAUAUAUAUAUAUAUAUAUAUAUAUAUAUAUAUAUAUGUAAUGUAUACAACUAUUUUAAUUUUUUAGUUAAAGUUUGUUGCAUAGAAUUUUGUCGUUAAGUUUUCAACAAUGCGAUAGUAAUUUUAUUUCAUUUUAUUAUAUGACAAAUACUAAUAGCGAUUUUUAGAACCAUUUUGGUUACAGAUCAAUUGUAAUAAAUGUCUUAUAUUUUAAGACUAUACGUACGAGGUAUUCGAAUAAAUUUAUAAAAAAAAAGGCUAGACAAUUUUUUACUCAUAAAAGUUUCUUGUAUUUUUCAUUUCUGCCUUAUGUAUAUUCACAAAGGACAAUUACAACUGACUUAUAACGUAUUCUCACCUAAAUCUACUCUUAUGUCAAUAAUAAUCAUCGAUAGCAAUAAUCACCUUAAUUUUAUUACUUAUAUUUAUUACUUGUUACUAUAAUCUAAGCAUACCAUGUCCAUCGUUCAAGCACACCUGUUUUACACGUUUAUCUAUUUAUCUUUUCUUUUCGUUCA